AUGGCUUUGUUGGGCUCUGCAUCUCUUGAUAUAAAAGUUUUAUGUGAAGAAUGCAAUGAUAAAUGGAAUUUAGUUAAAAAACUUUCUCAAGAAGAAAUUAAAAACAAAAUAUUUAAUUAUUUAAAUACUUCAGUACAAUUGCGAGAAUGUAUAAUACAUGUUCUAUAUAGACAAUCCUUGCCAUCACAAUCGUCAUUUCCACUUGAACUACCAAAAUCUGAUGAACUAAUUUCUUGCAAUGCCAUAGCACAGAAAGAAAAAAAAGAGUUAGAAAAAGAAUUGGCCAAAUUACAAGCUAUAACAAGAAUUACUACUAAUCCUGAAUAUUAUAAAAGUUUUUCUUUCCAGGUUUUUAAUAUACAAAGAAAUAUUAAAAGUCAAGAUGAUUGGUUAGAUAAACUAAAAAGACAUGCAGCAAGUCAAAGAAAAUCACAA